CCUGCGGAGCUCCCGCUGCAGCUUCCCGGCCCCGCUGCCCGGCGAGCCCUUGGCUGCCGCGAGCGGCUCCUCCGGGCCGGGCCGCGCCCCUGCGGCCUCUCCCCGCUCCCGAGGGGGCUCCGCCGUGGGAUGUGUUUCGGUGUGCGUGUUUGCGGUGGUACCGGCUUGUCCGUGGUGCCUGUCUUUUAGAUCAUGCCUUAGCUCCAAGGCUCGUUAAAGUCAGAGCACCGCGUAAAGCUGGCAAACCUGAACAUAAUCUCUCCCACCGUGUAAUAAUUGGUCUGGAGACUUCCACCAGCUGAGGGAUGGAGGGGCAGAUGGAGUUGGCUUUGUAAUUCAGGAAGAUUUCCUCCCAGCAAGCUGGAUGAAGGGUGUAACUGCUAGUGAAGGAGGAUUUUAAAGGAGGUCUGAUGACAACAAAAGCGAAGUCUCCUGUGACAGCAGGCUCUAUAGUCGUCCCUUUCGGGCAUGUGAUUGGAAAUGAGAAGUGGAGAGGGUCAGAGCUAGCCCAAGGGCUACAAGGGAAGGUUAGACUCAUCUUUGAAGAUGGCUUGGGACUGGUGGACUUUCAUCUUUCAAACAGAACUUGCAUUUUACUUAUUUCUGAAGCAGAUCUGGUUGCAGGGGAUGAAUUCAAACGAAGAUUGGUUAGGUUUAGAAAUGCCAGCAGUCUUAGGGGAAUUGUAAUCGUAGAGAAAACCCAAAUCAGUGAUCAGUACUACUUGGGAGUACAAAAACUUGUUGUACUUGAACUUGGGAUGGUGUUGCUUCCUGUGGCAAAUCAAGGAGAAGCUUCUCAGCUUAUUAUUCAACUAGUGCGGGAGCAGAGCAGGGAUCGCGGUGCCAACCCCUUCCUUGGCAGGCAGCGUGCCCGGCUGGCCGAGCCCGCCGUGCUGCAGGCCGUGCAGCACAUCCCCGGCGUCGGCAAAGCAAAAGCUCUGCUCUUACUGCAGCGCUUCGGGAGCAUCCAGCGCCUUUGUAACGCAGACAUCCCGGAGCUCGAGCGAGCAGUGGGACAAACAGUAGCACAACAAAUUUAUACUUUUUUACAUUCCUGAUGUGCACGUGCAGUGGUAUUUUGCAAGACGAACAUUUGGGAUUUUUCUUCUGAAUUAUAAAAGUUUGGUUUUAAUAACCACAAUUUUUUUCUGAUUUCUGUAAUCAUGGCUAGCAGCAACUGGACUCUGAUGCUUCUUUUUUACAUCUGCUCUGUUCAUAUAGAUUAAGCUGUGCAAAUUGCCUUGGAAAGAAGUCUGUAUUUUGCAUCCAUGUAGAACAAAUAAAAACCAAGAAAGCUGU